UCAGAAGAUUAAAUGGGUAACCCAAAUUCCCCAAUUUCUUUUCUCCUUUCUCUUCCUCGCAUGCUGGCUCUCCUCCUCUCUCUCGUCUCCUCCGAAUCUCCAACGCGAACACCGGCCGCCUCCUCCAUCCUUCCUCCAGAUCCCGAGCCGCGCUGCCAUAUGCCUCCAUCCCGAUGCACGCCGCCGGCCGCCUCCAUCGUGAGCCGUGCCACCGUCCGCCUCCAACCCGACCCCUUGCUGCAGAAGUGGGAGACGACUAGAUGAGGCUCGAGGUGGAGGACAGCGCCAGGAUCUCGUCCAGCGCCUGUUGUCGCUCAAAAUUGUGCCGUCGUGCCGCCCUGUCUCCAAGGCCUCUUCCGGUACUGGAACGGCACGAUGUCCCGGGCCACAAGCGAGAGGCCGAACACGAGCAGCCUGCACGGCGCGCGGCAACGACGGAACGGAGCAGUACGAACUCCUUGGCGGUGCCGGUUCCGGGGCUGCCGUCGUCCGCCCAGGGCAAGCGGAGGGGGCGCGCCGGUGAGGAGAAGACAGCAGAAGAGUGGGUGACGAGGAGCAGCUUGACGAAGGAGAGCGUGGAGAAGACUAUGUGGAUGAUGGUCAGGACAACCAUCGUGGUGUCUGGUGUCACCGUUCCGAUCGCCGCUGCCUCUGCGAUGCCCACCUCCUCCUGCAGUCACGACGGCAGUUUGCCCAUAUUACCCAAUUAUCCAUUGGGUUUGGGUAAUUUAGGUUCCUGGGUUGCUGAAGAUCAGACACAUUGGACAAACUACAAUUGGCAGCGCUGCAAUAUUCGGGGUUUUCUUGGGAGCUGGGAGCUUGAUACACUGUGGAAAAAAUUAUUAGUUCACAUUCUAAGUUUUAGACACUAGAUCUGGUUUUUCGUACUCAAGGGAUCUUCUGAAGUAAAAAUCUGUUUGAUGUUUAAAGAACAGAUGUCUACUGGUACUAUUUACUCAAGUCUAGAAUCUUUGGUGUGCUUGCCAUACUUCUGGCAUGGAAAUAAAAUAUAUGCUCAUCUGUAUGAAAAUGUAGGUGGUGAAAGCAGCACCGUGAAAAACUAGUCUGUUGUAAGCUUUACUCCUUUAAGUUGUAUCAAGACAACCUUUUUUUGUGACAUCAAAUAGAAAGAGGGCCAGCUGAUGCUUUCUUGAUGAGGUAA